UCAUUCUCAAGGGUGCGAUUAGAACCAAUAAAAAGUUUCCUGGUGAAGACAACAUAGCUGACCGGAAUAUUUUGCAGAGAAGAGCUAAACUUUCAUUGACCUCUCUAGAGGCGCUUCAAGAACAAAGCAACUUUGAUAUUUCUUAUUGAUAUUCAGUUACUGAAGAAUUAUCUUCUUGUUGUUGUGAUCAGAUCAAAUCUUUUUUCUCUCAGUGUGUUGUGUUCUUGAGUUUGUGCUUUACGUGAAUCUAAAUCUAUCCCAGUUGUAUCAGCACUGGAAAUGUCGAAAUCAUCAUCUUCAAAGUUUGUUUUGAGCAACUUUUAUCACUACAUUUUAUCAAAACCCCAUCAAUUUUCAACCCCAAAUGUUGGUAUAUCUCAUUUCCUUUCUAAUCAUUCCAAGAUUAUCCAAAAACCUGCUGUUAAUCAAUGGGUUUCGAAUACACAGAGAACCCAUUUUUCGUCUUCCCCAUUUCCGCGGGUUUUGCAAAACCCUAGUAAGAAGUUAGACCCAGAUGGUAGUUUCUUGUGGAAUAGGAAAUUACUAGGGUUUAGGUACUUUUCGUUGAAGAGUUCCGGAUUGGGUUUGGGGAAAAAUGUAUUGAAGAAUCCGGUUGAAGCUGCCAAGAAAACAACUUUGCGAUACAAGGGUGCGGUGGGUUUGCAAAUGGAGGCAUUUUGGAAGAGGAAUUCGAUGGUGUUAUUUGGUGCAGCGGGUAUUAUGGUGUGCAUUUUGCUUUGGAGGAUUCUAUUUGGAAUUGCUACUACUUUUAUUGGAUUGUCUGAAGGCAUGGCCAAGUAUGGCUUCCUUGCUCUUUCCUCCGCCAUUGUCGCUUUUGCUGGCUUGUAUCUCCGCUCAAGAUUUACCAUCAACCCUGAUAAGGUGUACAGAAUGGCAAUGAGAAGACUUAAUACAGAGGCUGGAAUUCUUGAGGUUAUGGGUGCUCCACUCUCGGGAACAGACUUAAGAGCAUAUGUGAUGUCAGGAGGUGGUGUUACCCUUAAGAACUUCAAGCCACGGUUUAGGGGCAAAAGAUGUUUUCUGAUUUUCCCUAUACGAGGCUCUGAGAGGAAAGGUUUAGUAAGUGUCGAAGUCAAGAAUAAGCAAGGCCAGUAUGAUAUGAAAUUAUUGGCAGUAGAUAUACCAAUGGCCGCAGGACCUGACCAACGCCUAUACCUGAUUGGUGAUGAAGAAGAAUACAGGGUUGGUGGUGGUCUUAUUGCUGAGCUAAGGGAUCCUGUUGUUAAAGCAAUGGCAGCAACUAAAGAGUUUGAAGAACGGGAUGAUUUGGAGGAUGAGGAGGAUGCUGAAAGAGAGCUCCAAGAAGCGGAGAGAAAGCACCAGGAAGAAAUUGAAAAGCUUGAAAAGGGUGAUUCAAGAUGAUUAAGCUGAACUUUUUUUGUAUCCUUGGUUUUACAUUCACGUUCUUUACAUUAGAUAGAGCAUCCAAAGACUAACAAUGUUCCAACUGUUGAUUUUGCAAGUUCCCCUUACUUCUCAGUGAAUUAACAGAACUAUAUGGCAUGCAGAGGCAGGAAAAAUAGAUGAUCAUACACUCCGAAUUUUCUGUAAUAGUUUGUCGUUGGCCAAUAAGUAUGAAAUCGGUACAUGCUUUAUUUCAUCAUUCAGCCUUGAGGGCCUCCUGCUGGUUGAAAUGAAUUACCACUACUCAGUGUGAUUAUUCUCUUAAUACUUUCACUGAGGGAAAGAUUGUUCUUUAGUACAUUGAGGGAUAUAUAAUGCAUAAGCAAACAGUUUAAGUUGCAAUUUGCAUAGUCCAAUGUUUUUAUUGUAUUUAGAAUAGCCAACAAAUGUUUACAUUGAAUUUCAUGAA